AUGGGAGGCGUGGACAGGAAAGAUCAAUUCCUGUCUGCUCAGCCCUUAGAACGUACAAAAAACAAAAUUUGGUACAAAAAACUUUUUCGUCGCAUGUUAAAUGCAGCAUUAUUUAAUUGCUUUGUUAUUUUUAAGUCCGCAAAUCCCAAAAUUUCCCAUAGGCAGUUUAGGACAAUUCUGGCGGAAGACUUAUUAAAAAUACACAGAAAUAUUGACCUGACUACGGAACCCCGACUUAUUACAUCUCGAACCGGACUGACACUGACACCGCGACCAAGACCAACAACAACCAAUAGACCUCACCUAGAACACAGACACUUUCCAGUGAGAAAUGGGCAUAAACAAGCUCGCUGUUGGAUGUGCGCCCAGCGAAAGGUCACUGUAAGAACUGUAUGGAAGUGUCUAGAAUGCAACAUAAAUAUAUGCAUUGAAGGCUGCUUUAUGGAGUACCACAUUUAA